GCCCAUUUACUAUAAAAUGUGAAACUGGUUUAGUCACGGCACCUUUGCAUCGAUUACAUGAAAUUCAACUUUAUUCUCUAAAUCUUUACAGGAGACCAGAGUUUUGUCUCCACUUAUUAUAUUUCACAGCUGUUGUUCUCAUCUCUAUAAACACAGGAGCACCUUCAGUACAUAUAGAUGCAAAGAUGUCUGUUGAGUACAGUGGAUCUAAAGUGACAAACAUGGACAUGCAAGACAGUAAAAUUGGCUACAAGCAGUUUUGUGAAAGCAACAGCAAGCUCAGCUAUUCAGUGUGUGCGAUAAGAGCUAACCCUUACCGGAUGGCCACCAUUUGUCUCAGCCUCCUGUGUCUUCUCCUGGUGGCAGGUAUCAUAGGCCAGAAAAUUCACUACCAAAGAGUAGAGCAAGACCAUCAGGACAAUGUUAAAGCCCUGCGCAAACAGAAGGAGGACAUACAGGACGACCUGAAAAAAUUACAAACUACCAAAAGCUCUUACGAACGCACCGUCAGACAGUUACAGGACAAUAACAAUUACUUAUCUAGGCGAAAAGACCAAAUACAGACCAAUAACAACUUACUGACUGCGGAAAACAACAAACUUAAAGCUAGUGAAAACGAGUUACAGACCGCUAAUAAUGAGUUAAACAACAACAUGAAAAAGCUAAAAGAGAGUACAGAUGUGCUGCAGAGUAAUAACAAUGCCUUGUCCAAAGCCAAAGAUUUGCUACAAAGUAAGUGUGAUUCAUUGUUAAAACUUAAAAAUGAGUUACAGGCCAGUGUUGCCUCGGUGACCAUAGAAAGAGAUAACCUCCUGAACCAAUUCAACAAUGCAACCCGAUCAAAAGAGCAGCUGCAACAGAAUUACAAUGACCUCAUUUAUAAAGUAGAGCAUUUGCAGGACAAAUACAACUUUUCUUCCAAUGAGAAAGACAGGCUAGAGAGCAGCCACCAAAACCUGACGAUAGCCAAAGAGACUCUGCAGGCCACCUAUGACGUACUGGUAGAAGCGACAGAGAAAUUGAAGGCUUCUUACUCGUCUUUGGUUCAGGAAAAACAUGCCCUUGAAGGCACUUGCAGGAAUGUGACCAUGGAGCGAGACCACCUGUUGGCACAAAUGAACAACCUGACAUCCCAAAAAGAGGAAGUUGACAAACUGACAAGUAAGAACUGCCCUCGUGAUUGGCAGGAGUUUCAGUCCAGCUGCUACUUUACAGCUGUGACCAAGAAGACAUGGAACAAGGCCAGAGAAUUCUGUCAAGGCAAUGGAGCAGACCUGGCAAUAGUGAAAACCAGAGAGGAAAUGAACUAUAUAAAUGGUUUGUAUACCAGUGAAAAAGAAGUCUGGAUUGGACUGACAGAUGGUGGAGUUGAAGGGCAGUGGAAAUGGGUGGAUGGAACACAGCUGUCCACAGCGUACUGGGCCAAAAACCAACCCAACAGCUACAACGGGAGGCAGCAGGACUGUGUGGAGUUCUGGCACCGUUCGAAUGGGAAGGGUGAAUGGAACGACGAGCAUUGUGAUAUAGAACAGAAUUUUAUCUGUCAGAAGCCCACUGCGUCUUAAUCCUACUUAUGCUUGAUGCUGGUGAUUGAGUGAGUCUUAAGGUUGGGGCUCAUGUGCUACAGAGCUAGCCUUUCAACUACUCAAUUACUGAGAAUGAUGAUAGAGUAAAUGUUGAUUAUUACUAAGCAAUAGUAUUGGGGGACUGUUUCAGAGGUCACUGAGAUGAGCAUGGAUGUCCAUAGAUAUUAUUGUUGUGUAAUAAUAAUAUUAUGUGAUUGCGUACUCCAUUUCUUUCAUUCAUUGUAAGUAAAUAAUUUUUUCUUUUUUCUUGUAUUUUAAUUUUUUUUAAAUCAUGAAGGAGCAAAUGUGAUUUUGGUUUUGCAUGUUACUUAUUUGCAAUAUUUGCUUUGGCUCAUUGUUUUUUUAAAGCUUAGUGGCAUCCGCAUGACUUGCAUCCCAUUGCGAUGAAUACAAUCUGAGUAUCAAACAUUUGAGUGUUUAUUGAAGAAAUUGUAUCUACCUGUCCCACUGAAAUGUAUAUUUAAUAAAUAUAGAUGGUAUAUA